AUCCCUCAACACCAUCAGCAUGUAAUUCCCCCAUCCACCACGGCGAGCUCGAGCACCUCGACUACGCUCAGACUGCUACACAGUACCCUCUCCAUACAUACCCCCAGCCUCGAGAGGGCCACCCAAUCCCAAUCCCAAUACCCAGCCCAACACCACCUUGCUCCCUCCAAAGCAUCCCUCCACUCACCAUGGCCCCCACAACCACAACACCCACCCUCACCCUCUCCGGCGCGCAAACCGCCCUCGCCGCCGCCGCCGCCCACGCAACCUCCAUCGGCGUUCCCAUGAACAUCGCCAUCGUCGACACCAGCACGCACCUCCUCGCCUUCCACCGCAUGGACGGCGCGAAGCUCACCUCCAUCUCCAUCGCCAUCGACAAAGCGUUCACGGCGGCGGGCCACCGCGCGCCAACUUCGAUAUACAAGGAGGCGGUGUGGCCCGGGGGCGCGGCGUUUGGGAUCUGGAAUAGUAAUGGCGGGCGUUUUAUGACGGUGGGCGGGGGGGUACCGAUUGUGGAUGCGGAGGGGAGGGUAUUGGGCGCGAUUGGGUGCUCCACGGGGACGCCGGGGCAGGAUGAGGAGGUCGCGGUUAAAGGGAAGGAGGCGGUGGAGGCGGAGAUUCGGGGGAGGGGAAGGGCGAAGUUGUGA